AUGCCUAAACCGUCCGCAAAGUCAUACACCGUGCGCGAGCAGCCGGCCAAACGCGAUUUCGAGCUGUGCAAAGUUGUGUUUGGUGCAGCACACCCGAAUCAACCUCCGCCGGAACCCAACACUCACAUGCGCAGGCGGGCCUUUCCACCCGAUUGUUUCCAGUUGUUGCCACUUGAACAAGUUGUUUCCCGUUCGUUCGAUGACAUCGUCAGAUCCGGGUUUGAAAUCGAAGCGCAUGAUAAAGAACUGUUGAGAGAUCAGAGUAGCACGCUAUUCAUACGGCAAGGCAAGCACUAUGGAGUUAAUCGUUUCCUGGGGAUCAUGAGAGAUGACAUCUUUCCCAUCAUCGAAACCGAAGAUCUCGUCAAGUUCCGGAUAAGCUACCUGCGGACGACAACAUGGGAAGCAAACUGCCUGCUCGAGUAUUACACCGUCGCAUUCAAGUAUCACGACGACGGCAGAUAUGAACUGGAUGUUUGGAGGGCAGGGACAGGAAAGCAACACGUGGCGAAUACCGACUCCCAGCUCUGGAACCUAGGAGACUAUCUCAGCCGACUCUCCUCGCAGACAGGAUCAUGCCACUGUCCCCUCCCGAUAUUGGAGAUGUCGUCCUCGAAACAAGUCCAGAGCCCGACCUUGGCCAUCCCGUUAACCAAGCUUCCCAGGGCCCCUUAA